AUGGUGGAAGGCAUCUAUAAGAGCCGCAAAGUUUUAGCAGUCUGGUCGGCCAAUUACGCUUCUAGUAAAUAUUGCAAACAAGAACUGGACUAUGCCUUACAGCGGAGUUUUGAAAAAAGUGACACAGCAGUGAUUAUCAUUCGCAUCGAUUGGACUGACCCUACACGACUCCCAAAGACUCUACGAACAAAAACAUUUUUGGAUUACCAUGACAGUGCAGAGAGAAAAGGAUGGGAGAAGAGACUCAUACAACAUUUAAAGCCUCCAAAGCAACCAAAGAAAAUGAUAGUCAGCAUAGUUUGA